UACACGAUAGCUGCAGAAGAACGUCCGUUUAGGUGUGCACAUUGCUGAUACCCAUAUGGAAUAUCGGGAACGCUAUCUCUCCCUGGAGUACGCACUCCGAAGCCAUGGCGAUCAUCAUCUACCGACGAUCCACUUGAGAACAGAGAGGGCACCAUCAGUAAUGCAGAGGAUUAGCAAAUUACUGAACGCAAGACGGAUGAGCAUCUUUCUCGUGUGCAUGAGCGUCUUUAUUUGUGCCACCGUCUGGUACGCUGACGAAACUCUGUACAACCUCAACUCCGUUUCACCGUACCAUGCAGAUCUCGUGAUGGUUUCCCCCCGCAGCAACCACCUUGAACCUCUAGAGUCAAUAGGUGGCUGGGCCGUAGCUGCGGCUUGCCACCGGGGAGCAGAGACCCUUUUUUUCGUCCACACGGCAGCAGACAACCGCGCACAUCGCGCCGUGUACCGCGACACCCUGGCCCAUCCAGCCGCGUCUGAGCAUUGGAACUGGACCGCCGUGUAUUUCGUUGGUAAGACACGUGACGAAGUUGUCGCUGCAUGGAACCAUCUGGAAGCGACAGCUAUGGGAGACACUGUCAUCUUGCCUUUCAUGGACACUUACAGGAACCUGUCUUACAAGUUCGUAUUGGGAAUGCACUGGGUGCUUCACCACUGCCCAAAUGUCAAGUACAUCGUCAAGAUCGACGACGACAUGUUCGUGCACCCAACUUUGCUCCGUGCUUACAUGCGCACCACGGUGGACCCUGAGGAAAGAAAGUUUCACUGUUUCGUGUGGAAUGGCAUGGCGGUCUACCGGGAUCCAGAAUCGCGCUGGUUUGUUCCAGAUUACUUGUUUCAUGAUCAAAUGUACUACACCUACUGUUCGGGCCGUGCUAUCAUCAUGCCAGGCAAGAUAGUUAGAGAUCUCUACGAGGCAUCUAAACGCAUACCGCCUUAUACGGUGGACGACGCGUACGUGACAGGUGACUUGGCCUUGGCCACUGGAGUUGGACACGUUGACAUGUCACCAAGAAUCUCAUUUAAUGAAGAGGAGGAAAGUGAUAUACUCCGGGGAAGGUACAUAUUCGCGCACCUAAGCUUCGAAACUUUUUUGGUUCGUCGAGCGCUGUGGGCACUGGUGUUACAGCGAGCGGCACAAGACAGCCAGGCCGAAAGAAAGCUUAUUGGAAAGAUUCUUCGAGACAUGAGGCUUUACGAUACGGGACACAGUUUGUUUCUUGCCCAAGAACCAUGACAGAUGCGACUAAGAUGCGAGGACAUUUUAUUGUUGAAAAAACUAUUUCCGUGUGUUGACAAUCCGGUACCACAAGAGCGUUUACUGAACAAAGCUUUUCUUAUAGAAAGUUCAUAUUUGGAAGAGACUCGCCUAUAUGCUUAUAUAUAUUGCUUGCCGCCAUUGCUUA